AGAAAAGGCACAGGAAACUAAGUAGCUUACAAACACAUCCUUAAACAGAAAAGACCUAAGAAAAGUGAAGUGAAGGAUCGGGGGUGAUGACGUGAGGCGGCAUGAAGAAGACAAGGAAUGACAACCAUGAAACUACGACAGGGUGGUGGGACAGACGCAUAAGACGACAAGACAAAGAUAAAGCGAAGCACAGAGACUUAUAUACACAGUGAACUGAGGACACACUAGAGACAGGUGACACAGGACAAACAGAUGAAACUAAUCCAGGCAGGAAGUCAAGAUGGAAAACACACAGGAGCAGAAACUACAAAACAAAACAGAGUGGAACCAAGGGAGCACAGGUAAAGGUCGAAACAUAAACAGAGACAGAUAUGAUGCACAAGGAGAUCCAUAAAAAAUGAAAACACUCUUCAUUCCAGAAGCAAAACGUCCAGAACCAAAGAGUCCAGAGUCUGAAAAGAUCAUCAUGAAAACUGACAACACUCUCAUUACAGAGUCAGAGUCCAGAGUCAUGACAGCCUCCUUCAGUCCAUCCAUCAGUCUUCUUAUCUUUAUUAACUGGUGCUGCUCUCAUCUACAUCAUCACAGCUUCAAUACUCUUAUUGUUUCCACCAUGAAACCAGCCUGACAGCUGAAACACGACGGCUCCAGUAGUUCUGCAGGUUUAUUCAAAUCAAUGAGUCUCAUUCACCAAAGUGCUGCUCAUUAAAGUACCUUGAGAGAAUGUAGGAUAUGAAUUGAAAUUAAAAUGAAAGCUACCAAAGUAAAGGCCCACAUGAGUCAUGUGAAUAUCACAGUGAUCGUUUUCACAGUUGAUUAAAAUGAGAGGCUCCUGAGGUUUGGAGAACCCGAUUUGAACCUGAUAACAUCAGAGCUGUGUUCUGAAGGUGGGACAGUAAAGUUUGUGGCUGUUUGAGGUGCACUCUCUCCGGGAGGUGGAAUUCAUGAGUGUCCGGAUCAUCUUUACCAUUAACGACUCAUCAGUGUCAGGCACCGGGCUCCAGGCUCCAGGCACCGGGUCGGAGCAGCGGCAGCAGCAGCGUCACACGUACUUCACGCACAGUGGAUGAACGGAGCCACAGACCCGGUGCAGGAUGAUGCUCACACCGGCUCUGAAGGGCUUCCUCUCCGGGUUCAUUUAGCAGGCAGCAGCGGUGCGGUCGCCGGUUCUGGUGUAAGAUGCACGGCGGCGGACCGGGUGUGCUGGUCGGCCUAGCUCAGCUCGGCUCGCCUCGCCUCUUUCUAUUCUAGUACUUUUUAAUUGCAUCGUUAUUGUUUCCAGGUCAGAACCUCGGUUUCCUGUGCGGCUUGUAUGCACUAAAAAUGGCCGGAGAUGGCGGCGCUCUGAAGGAUAUCAAUGAGAUUAAAUCCCAGUUCCGGACCAGGGAGGGUUUCUACAAGCUUCUCACCCUCUCGGACUCCCAGCAGCGGGGCGGGCUGCCGCGGGGUCCGUCCGCUGGAGGCACGCUGGGCCCCGGGCCCGGACCCGGUCCGAUACCGGGCGGAGGGGUCGGGCUGCUGCAGGGGCCCGGGGCUGCUGCCGCCGCCUCCUCUUCCUCCAAUGCCGCAGCCAACUCCUCUCCGGCGGGCUUCCUGCCGCCGGUCCGGGUCUCCAUGGUCAAACUGCAGCCCGAAGACCCGGGCGAGGAGUCGGAGAGAGUGUGCUUCAACAUCGGCCGGGAGCUGUACUUCUACACCUACACCAACAUCAAGAAGGCUGUGGACCUCAGUAAACCAAUAGACAAGAGAAUCUACAAGGGGACCCAGCCAACGUGUCACGACUUCAACCAGUACUCGGCCACAGCGGAGAGCGUCGCUCUCAUCGUGGGUUUCUCAGCCGGACAAGUCCAGUAUCUCGACCCCAUUAAGAAGGAAACCAGUAAACUCUUCAACGAGGAGAGGUUGAUAGACAAAUCCAAGGUGACGUGUCUAAAAUGGCUUCCCAAGUCAGAGAACCUGUUCCUGGCCUCCCAUGCCAGCGGCCACCUCUACCUCUACAACGUGGACCACCCAUGCGGCACCACAGCCCCCCAGUACUCUCUGCUGCGGCAGGGAGAAGGCUUCGCCGUCUAUGCCUGCAAAACCAAGACACCCCGCAAUCCGCUGUUGCGAUGGGCCGUGGGUGAAGGGGGCCUCAAUGAGUUUGCUUUCUCCCCGGAUGGCGUCCAUGUGGCGUGUGUGGGCCAGGACGGCUGCCUGCGCGUCUUCCACUUUGACUCGAUGGAGCUGCAGGGGGUGAUGAAGAGUUACUUUGGGGGGCUGCUGUGUGUGUCGUGGAGUCCAGAUGGGAAAUACCUCGCCACAGGCGGCGAGGACGACCUGGUUACUGUCUGGUCAUUUGCAGAGAGCCGCGUGGUAGCAAGGGGGCACGGCCACAAGUCUUGGGUGAAUGUGGUGGCUUUUGACCCCUUCACGACCUCCCUGGAAGAUGAUGAGCCUAUGGAGCUUAGCGGCAGUGAGGAGGACCUUCACCAGGGGGCGCCAAACAACUCAAUGCACUUUGGCCGGGUCCGAACAAGCAGCACGUUGUCGCGUCUUUCUCGGCAUAGCUCUAAAGGUGGAGGUACGCCAUCGGUCACGUACCGGUUUGGCUCAGUGGGGCAGGACACCCAGUUCUGUCUGUGGGACCUGACGGAUGACGUCUUGUACCCACGCUUACCGCUGUCCCGCGCAUUUACUAACACUUUCGGACCCUCACUAUCCAACUCUGGCAGUGGGGUGGUCAACAGCACCUCAGGUGGGGGAGGAAGUGGAGGGGUUGAGGGGCACCAUCACCCACCUAACACCAACACUGGUACAUCCAACCCACCGACACUCCCCUUACCGCUCCCUCGCUCCCUAUCACGCUCCAACUCUCUGCCCCACCCCGCCGUGGCAAACACCUCCAAGGGUCAGGGGGCCUCGGAGGGCAGUGUGGGAGGCGGAGGAGGGGGAGGGAGCAGCGGCGGAGGAAACAGCACCCCCUUCAGUAUCGGCCGUUUUGCCACGCUGUCGCUCCAGGAGCGCAAGUCGGACAAGUCAGGGGGCAGUGUUGGGGUGGAGAAGGAGCACAAGCGUUACCACAGCCUGGGCAACAUUAGCAAAAGCAACGACAAGAUCAAUGUGGCGCCGAGAAGCAAUCGGCUGGACGCUGCUAAGGUCCUGGGCACCACGCUGUGCCCACGCAUGCAUGAGGUGCCGCUGCUGGAGCCGCUGGUGUGCAAGAAGAUUGCACAUGAGAGGCUGACCGUCCUGGUGUUCAUGGACGACUGCAUCAUCACCGCCUGCCAAGAGGGUCUCAUCUGCACCUGGGCACGGCCGGGGAAGGCGAACUUGACAGCACAGAACGGGAACUCUCCGAGCGGCACAGUCGUAUAGCUGGAGGAGAAGCUUUGCACUCAUCCCUCCCUCCACCUCCUCCCUUGUUCUUCGCUGUCUUCUUUUCUGUCCAAUGCUUCUCUCCGUUCCUCCUCGAAUAUGUCAGACCGUGCCCGACCUCCAACUUCACACUUAUACCGUCACUGUAACUCUCUUUGCUUCCCAUGACCCGAAAUCUGUCAGAGCCCGACCCGUAUGGAUUAUAUGGGGCCGGUGCUGAUAACAAUAAUAAUUUUGUUAUCUUUCAAAAUAAUGAAAUAAUUCCUGAGAUAUGAUUUUUAAAAGUCAUGACGAAUAAAUGUCAUUGAGGUUGGAUAUUUUUAACCAUUAUUAUUAUAAGCAACUAUAAAAAAACACAAAUCCAGCCAAAUAUAUAGAACUUCAAUUAAGACAAUAAGCAUUGUAAAAUUCUGUAAUUCUUUCCAUAUAAUAUUAACAUAAAUGCACAUCUUCUCCGCUUUGUUAAUUCUGUAAAAUAUAAGUUUUCAGUUUGGCAAACACACAGAUUUCAAUAUAUUUCAUCUGUCGGGCUCAGUUUCCUGAACUUUACUCUCACAGUUGUGUCCAUUUGUUGGGAAAUUCUUCUGAAAGCAGAUAAACGUGACACGAGGAACAAUAACAAAUACUUCAAUGUAGAGCGUCAGCUAGUUAGCAAUUAGCUUUGCUCAGUGUUUGUUCUUGUAGCUACCAGCACUGGACAUAUACACAACAUGGCUUCAAGGUAUUCUUCACUCUAUCGUAGCCAUUAUAAAACUAUUUUAAAAAGAUAAAUAAUAUUUAGGUUGGUUCGUUUCAUCAGCCCGAUUUUUAUGAUUUUAAUAAACG